CUGCUCCUCUCCGCCCUGGCCUCGUGCGCCAUUGGCCUCGUCGCCGCCGCCGCCGAGGACUUCAAGAUCGAGGUCACCCACCCCGUCGAGUGCGACCGCAAGACGCAAAAGGGCGACAAGCUGUCCAUGCACUACCGCGGCACGCUGGCCAAGACGGGCGACAAGUUCGAUGCCAGCUACGAUCGUAACCAGCCAUUCAACUUCAAGCUGGGUGCUGGCCAGGUGAUUAAGGGAUGGGAUCAGGGUCUCCUUGACAUGUGCAUUGGCGAGAAGAGGACUCUCACGAUCCCUCCCGAGCUGGGCUACGGCCAGCGCAACAUGGGCCCCAUUCCCGCCGGCUCAACCCUGAUCUUUGAGACCGAGCUCCUCGCCAUCGAGGGCGUCAAGGCCCCCGAG